ACAAUUUGUAGUGGAAAGGAGCCAAAAACUUUCAGGCUAACAAGAGCAAAAACUCUAACUAUUUGAUGAAUCUUGUUUGAGACUUGGGGGAAGAGAAUACAAUACUUGUUUCACAUAUUUGUUUCCUCAAUUCCAGAGUUCAGGGUGCUAAAAAAGCACAUCUACUGUUUAUAAUAUUCAAAAUAAUACCAUUUUAAAGUAUGUUGAUAAAAAAAUGGAUGGAAAGUAUGAGGUUUAUCUGUUACAGUAUUGUCAAUAAUUUUGCGUUGUUUUUAGUGUAUCAGUCAUUGUUGUAUGGUCCAUACGAUUAGAUUUAUCGUAAAGUCAUUAUAUCUUGUUUUUUUAUAUUUCUUAGCGAUCUUCUUUGGGUAUGUGAUACUAUAUAUUGCAAUAGUCGCUUAUCUUCUUCCACAAAAUAUUAUCAUGCCAAUCAUUGAAACUAGUAUUAAAUUUAGAUAUUCAAAUAAAAUGUGCCUUAUUCAAUAAUCGGUUGUCUUACCAUUAUCAGACACAAAUUGGGCCUGGAAAUAAUACUAAAAUUGUAUUAAUUUAUAAGUACUUUUCUAGUAAAAUUAUUCUUUUUCAAAUAUUAACACCUGAAUAUUAUUUUAUUUUCUGUCUUUACUUAUUUUUUUUCAAAGUAUUGAAUAAUCUGGUGGUGAAGUGGGUUUAAUAGGUGUAGGUGGAAUUUUAUUGAAAUAUAUAUUAUUUGGGAUAUUGUGCAAGAGUUUGGGUGAUGCUUGCCAUUUUGCCUUCGAUAGUAUUCUUCUGGUAAUUCACCAAUAAAUAGCGACUGUUUGAAAACUGGAUUAACCCCCAUGCAUUUGACUGGGUACUGUACAUAUAGAUAUUAGGAUACAGAUGUCAUCUUUUCCUAUUUUGUACAUGUUCAUUUUCCAAAUCUUCAAUAUUUAUGCCCGUAUGCUUUUUCAAAUUGUGUAAAAACAAGCUAUUCAUUCAGUCUAUUUACAUGGCGUGUUGUGAUGCUUAUGUUAUAUUUGUCGAUCUCAUCUUUACUGCACCAUUAUUUAGUUAUUUGUUGUCAAAUAAUCUAGAAACUGUUUUAGUGUCUUCAAAUAGUAAAGCUAGUUAGCACAUAUGUAUCGCCCUUGAUUAAUCUAAUCGCAAAGAUGUUUUAGAUAGAUAUAAUGGUUUAAAAACUGUAGCUUUGAUCGCUUGUAUAAUUUAAUAGAUGGUUACAUUUUGAAAAUUGGUGCUCAACUGAAAAAUUAUCACCACUGUGAUACACAGAAAAAUAUUUUGGUCAAUUAAAGUUUUCAACCAAAUCUAUAGAUAUUAACUAUGUCCUGUUGUUUUGUUUUAUACAACAGUAAUUUACUGCAAAACUCAUUACUUACUCUCAGUUAUCUGGCCAUGAAAAAUAUACCACAUGUGUAGUAUCUCGGAUCUUAUUCAAAUGAAUUGAAAGAUGGGCAUUAAAUUUUUUAGUAGCACGAAAUACUUUUUACAAGAAUUUACAUGAACACGUUUUACUACUCAACUUCAACAUUCAUUAUCAUACUAAGAAUUUCUUGGAACUUGUCUUGUUAUUAUACACAUAUAUCUAUUAUAGUACUGUGUUGUGAUGUAGUCUCCAUUACAUUAAUUAAUAAUACUCCUUGCUACUAAUUACUGCCCUAGGUUUGAUUUAUCUUUGUUCGAUGGGAUAAAAUUCCACCAAUAAAAAAUUUUCCACUUUCCUGCUUUAAAAGUUCAGAGGAUAUUUUCUUUGCUUGUGCUGAAUUCCAGAUGGAAUUUACACAAGCGAUGUCACAAAACUAAAAAUUCAUGAUCAUAGUUUUCAGUUUUUUUGUUUGAUAGAAAACUAAAUCUAAAUCAUUCAUUCAGAAUAUGUUAGGAUCGCCAGCUAGAGUAUUCUCGAAAAAUAGUUGAAGUUUUCCUAAAUAAUAUUUCAUGAUUUACUUACAAUUAUGUGAUUUGAUUUUAAAAUGUUGAAUGGAAUUGAUCAAUAUAAUGUGAUUUGGGUUGGGUCACGAGGAAAGCAGUUAAAUGCAAUCAUUGGUUGUAAUCAAGAAAAAUACUACUGCAAUAUCAACCGUGAAAACUAAGUCAACUUUGCAAACUACAAGUUAGUUUUGAAUUGAGAAUUAAUUUAACAAACUAACAAAAAAUUAUAAUACAUAUAUCUUAAUAAUUCUGCAUGUCAUUUUAGUAAGUCAUUGUUAAUUAACCUAUUUUACCCGUAAUAAGUAAGGCAUCUCAGUAUGGUAUAUGGGUGAUGAUAGAUUCGUAGUAUUGGAAAUUUGAUUUGUAUGCACAUUGCAUUACUAAUAAUGUAUUUUUGUGUGUGGAUAUCCUGGCCUAAAAUAAUUUGCUCACUACUGCUCAAUAUUGUUGUAUUUAUUUUGUGUUUUUGUUGGUAAUUUGUAUUAGGGGUGGUUAAUUAUGCCAUUUUUCAGUUUUACCAUACCUUCAUACUCGUUUUGGUGUUUUUCAUGAAAUAAUACUUCACCUAUUUUAGAAAUUUUACAAAGUAUAAAUUUCAAUUAAUUCUGCUUAGUUUGAUUCAAUUAUAGUUUUGCUUCAAGUUGAAUUUAUUUAAAAUCAGAAUUAAUUCAAUGUCACACAGUUUAUAACAAAACCAUAAUCAUAUCCACUCAGAUUACUAUUUAGAGUGCUUUCUUCAAUAAUAUGCACCAUUUUGAUUUGCGAUUUGCUCCCAAAAUUAUUAUUAAUAGAUGCUCAUUGUUUCUGUUCCACUGUCUUCCUCUGGUGACCGUACAUUUGAACCCAUAUGUAUAUCCGUGGUUCAAUCUAUAUGCGGGUGCUAAAACUCACGGGUUAGUAUAGGUUUAAAUAUCCGUAAAACAAAAAAAAUUCCAUAGGUGCAAUAGUAUGCAGGUUCAAUUGUCGUGGUUUAAAUGUACGUGGGUUCAAAUGUAAUGGGACCAUCUUCCUCUAUGUGUGACCGAAUUGAUUCACAUUGUCGAAAUAAAUCAUUUGAUUGCAUUUCAUUCUGCAUUACCCACAGAUGUUUCAUUUCUUACUCACAUGUACCGUGUAUACCCCCAUACUUACUCAAAAACCAUACAUUGAAAAACACUUUACUGCACUAAAGUUGAAUGUCUGUCACAUUUCUCCAGUUUUUUAGUGGGCUAUCAUUUCGGAAUACUAAAUAUGCUUGGGUUAUACACUUAUAAUUAUACCAAGACUAUAUCAGAAGCUGGAGUUGAAUUUUCAAACUGCCUGGAGUCUAGAUGUAAUUUCAAAUUCUGAAUGACAAUGGUGAUAAUGAAGUAAAAAAUUUUUUCAGAAAAUCACAGAACGAGCGUUCUUAACUACCCAUUUACCUAUUCUUCCAAAAUUUUGUGUCGAAGUCUGGAGUCUUAAGUAAAAUUCUUGUUGAGUCUACUAUAAAUUUUUCCUAUCUCCCUGAAUACAAUAUGUGUUGUGUCGAUGGUUUUGUUUUAAUGUAAUAUUGUGCAAUUAUAAAAUACACAAGAAUAAAAAUAUCAGUUCUUAUCCGGCUAUCAAUCACAUUUUUCAAUGUUUAUAUAUAUAUUAUAUUGCUCUGUCAAUGACAAUUCUUGUUUGUUCUAUAUUUGUCUGAUAGUAGGGUUGUUGGUGAUUUAUACUUGUCAGUUGCCAACACAUAGCCAAGCAGAUUUUUGACUUGUUCAAUGUAUUUCAAUACUUCAAUUUAUUGUAUUGUAAAAUAUGUAAAAAAAUACUAACUUUCUAUUUAUAUCAUACCCGAUCAAGUCAAAUCAGAGAUGAAUCAGAUUUAAAUUUCUGUUUUUCUGUGAUUGAUAUUAUGCUUGUUCGUGCGUGAUACGAUAUAUAUAAGCUUUGUAAUAGUAGUAUUCAAAAAAUGUGCUGUUCGCCAUAUAAGUAGCAAUUUAAUGUGUUUAAUGUUGUAAAGGGAGCUUAGCUUCAUGUGUUUUCUUUUUUCAGUCGAAAGGUAAUUGUUAGCAAUAAAGUAACUGUGAAAUUUGAUGACAGCUUGUGGAAAAUUCCAUGUAGAACGGAACUACCAGAUAUCUGAGGAGUGACAUAUUUCAGACCAUAUUUCCGUUAAAUAUCCGAAAGAAAAGUAAUAUUCCGUCACAUGUGAAUUUAUUGCUAUUCAAAGGAGAUUAACUUCUGCCUUUGCUUAAGAAGAUAUACUCAACCUCGGUCGCAGUGAUCAGAGCUGGAUUUCAACAGCUUGAAAAAAGAAAAGAAAGAUUCCUUCAGAUUCUUCUGGUCAGAGAACCCGCAAAUAAAAAUCUGGAAUGGACUGGCUGAUGGGAAAGGGUAAGAAACAAGAAAAGAAGCCAGUAGUGAAAGAAGAACAUCCACCUUACCUUGACCAAACCCUCAUACAACCAACGCCACAUGAUAUCAGUCUUCAUCAAGUGGUUCACUUACCACCUCAAAUCGAUCAAAAGGAAUGGGUCGCUACACAAGUGAUUUCUUUGUUUCACAAUAUAAAUCUCGAAUACGGCACAAUGUCAGAAUUCUGUACUGCUGAGUCGUGCCCAACUAUGCAAGGCGCUGGCCAAAUGCAAUAUUGGUGGACAGAUGAUCGAGGAAAGAAAUUGAAGUGCACAGCACCGCAGUACAUAGACUAUGUUAUGACAUAUUGUCAAAAAUGUGUCAGCAAUGAAAAAUUAUUUCCAACUAAAUAUGCGCACAAUUUUGUUCCCACUUUCUACACAGAUAUUUCAAAGAUGAUGCGUUUUCUUUUCCACGUUUUGUCUCACAUGUAUUCAUCGCACUUUUCAAAACUUCAACAAUUUGGUCUUCAUGGUCAUCUGAACAUUAUUUUCAUGCAUUUUAUUCUUCUGGUUCGAGAGUUCGAUCUCCUCGACGCUAAAGAACACGCUCCGUUAGACGAUCUCAUCGACCUUAUGGAGAUUUUAAAGACAAAAUGCACAGAUGCGUGCACGCGUAACCAUCAUCGAACAUCUUCCUCUACAAAUUCAAAAAGCGCUUCCGGAACGACAUCAUCGAGUGGCAGUGGUACUCCGACUUCUUAUAAUACUUUUUCAAGUUCACAAUAUGUAUCAAGUUACAAUUCUAGAAACAAUGGAAUGGCAGCUUCUAAUUCUAAAGGAUGGAUUGCGUCUUGAGUAUUUUCCAUCAUAUAUACUGCAAUCCGUCCACAGUAAACUUAUUGUAUGUCACAUACAUAUGCAGCUCAGUAUGGCAACUGAGUUUCGAUGAGAAUUUGCGCGAUAAACAUACUGUAAGAAGGUAUAUGGAGCAGGAUGGUCUUGCAUAGGCGACUGCCUCCUGUUCUCUAGGUACGAAGAUGAAAAUAAGCCAGAAAUGGUCAUUGCUUCUUUCGCGGAUCUGCGGAAGCAAAAUCACGCAUGCAUCAUGCAUUUUUAGACAAUACGCUAAGAACUCAGAAUUUUAGUGAUUCAAUUAUACACAGUUUCUUUAUUUUGAAUAUAUUUGCAUUCUCAAUAGAACUUGUAUUUCAGUCAAACUCAAUCCUGCAGGAAUAUGAUUUAAUUAUGGGCUGAUGGUCUCUCAAUACAAAUAUGACCAAAUCGUGAUAUUCAAAUCAAGAUCAAUUUUGGGAAAUAUUCUAUGUUACCAUACUGACCAUAAUUGGUUGUCUCGUGAUUUACUCAACUGUACUUCAAGAUAUAAAUAAUUUUGCUAUUGCAAAUCAGACAAAGUUCCUUCAACAUUAAUUUUAAGGAACUACUUAGUUUAAUAUACUCAAGAUAUUUAAAUUUUCAAUUCUGAUUAAAUGAAAAGUAUUGUGUGGGAUAUAUGAAGCUGUUUUUCUGUACGUUGAUACCCAUAUUAUGGAAUCUCUUAUAUAUUUAUAAUUUUUCGACUGUUGUCUCUGGGAUAGUUAGGGCUGCUGAAAAUGUGAUGACGCGGCUCUUACUAUGUCGGAAAAUAUAUAUUUAUGAAUUAGUGUAUGGCCUAGCAUAAAUCAAUGAUGGUAUACUAGCUCUGAGAUGAAUAAGGCAAAAGUUAUAUAUAUUUAUGAUUUGGCAAAUAUAGUUUUUGUGAGAAUCCUGCACAACGCCCACAAAUGAGUGACAUCUGUCUUAGUAUUUUCCUUUCUCUUCAGUCUUUCAUAUAUUCAUAAUAACAUUCAUGUUUCCAUUUAUGAGCAUCAAGGAAAUGGGUUUCAACCAUGGUUAGGUAGCCAAAAUUCAACUUGUCUCCUCGAAGUUUAAUUUUAUUUUACUACAGCGCCAUUUUUGUUCAUUUUCUCAUAUUUCUUUAUGCACACUCCCUUCUCUCAUUGUCUAAAUAUAUCAUUAUUUUCACGGUUUCAUCUGAUUAAAAAUUGAGACACAAUUUCAUUGCAAAAAUCGCUACUUUGAAAUAUGCUUGCGCUACUUUCUAGCUUAGACUAACCCAUAUAACUUAUGCAGUAAUUCUAUUAUCAAUACAAGAAUCCAUCUGUCUUCCAGUAGAAGUUCAUUCAUCCCAUAUUUUGAUUACUUGUAUUGUGGAAUCCGCAUGUUUUUUCAACCUACGAAUCCAUUAAUGAAAUGAUGAAGGCCUUAUACUUCCUUGCUGUUAUUGAUCCCCCUGAUUUAGUAGUUGAAAUGAUGCUGACCAUAUGUAGAUUAUAAUAUAUAGUCAAUACCAAAUAACGUGUUCACUGCCAUGUUAACUGUAAAUGUAAUAUAAUUUAUGAUGUAUUUUGCAAAAAUAUGAUGACCCUAAUUCUUGUCAUUUAUUGUGUUUUUAUUUUGAAAUCCUUAAUUUGUCAUUACAUUUUGCUCAAUUACAAAUAUUGAAUAUUUUAUUAUGCCUGCCUGUAGCCGAAUUUAGUUUGUCGUUUUCAACAAAGUUUUGGGGAAUCGUAGGUUUCGGCUCACUUCGGAUAAUUCCCACUCAAAUAUUGGGGCCAUACACAAAUUUUCAUCUAUGCUGAAAUGUGUAAUGUGUUUAUCUCAUCCAAUGAAGCAAUCUUUGAGUUGAACAUCGAAUAAUGCCCAAUUAGGCAUAGUUCAAUGUUAAUAUUCUGAUAAAACGCAGCGCAUCUUUUCCAUUUCUCGAUAUGCUUUUACUCCCAUUGUUAUUAUUAUUAUUGUUUUUCUCUCUUGUUAUUAAUAGUCCUUCUUCAUUUAGGUGACGUCAUAUGAAUAAAAAGCACUGUUACAGCAA